AACCACGAAUGUUUAUUUGUAAACGAACCAACGUGUCGGUUAGGCCUAUGUCUUCCACGUUGCUGUAUGAUGGAAGACAUUAGACUAAAUUAAACACCAACAUUCAUGAUAUAAGUGUUGAAGUGGGACAACGUCGAUAAAGAGGGGCGAAACAGACGAGUGACGAUCGCGAUGGAUAUUGGAAACAUGGAGCCGGUGAAAGCGAAUGAGAUUCAAGGGAUAUGGUCGUACUUAAAACAGAUUGACUUCAAUGAGCCUUGGUUUACAGCUCUGGGGAUCUUCCAUGUGACAUGCUUCAUGAUAACAGCCAGUACAAGGAACAAUACUAUGCUACAGUGUCUGCACUUCAUGAUUAUGUUGUUACUAGUGUUUUUCGCUGAGACACUCAAUGAAUGGGCAGCUAAUAAUUGGAAACUGUUUGCCAGACAGCAGUACUUUGACAGCAAUGGUUUAUUUAUAUCGGUUAUAUUCUCCACGCCAGUACUUAUCAACUGUCUAGUGAUAUUGGUGAUAUGGCUGAAAGAUAUGAGCUUUAUUAUGUCUGAGACCAGACUGCUGAAGAUGUCUCGGAAAGAAGAUGCGAUGACAAGGAAACAGGAUCAAAAAGAAAGCAAAAAGGACAAAUAAAAAUUAUGAGAAAAUGUUUAA